GAACAGAUUAAAUCCAGACCUAAGAAAAAGUAUCAGUUGCCAACUUUUUCUCACGAAAUCUCCCUCGCUUUGCAAACACCUGCUGUCUCCGCCCCUCACAAUCCCCAGCCGCCAUGGACGAGCCUCUUCAAUGCUCUGUUCAUCAAGCCCUUGGUGGCGGCGCAGUUGCUGACCUGUUUCUAUGGAGAAAAUGGCACCGGAGUCUCGUUUUGCUGGUCUCUUCUACUUCUCUGUGGUUCAUAUUCGUGAGAUCUGGACACAGUUUCAUGUCUUUUGUGUCCUAUUCGUUGUUCUUAUCUGUGGUGAUCUUGUUCUUCUGGGCUAAAUCUGCUUCCCUUCUUAGUAGACCACCUCCUCCUGUUCCGAAUCUCGAGCUUUCUGAAGAAAUUGUUGUGAAGGCAGCUGAUGAGGUUCGAGUCUGGGUGAAUCAAGUAUUGUCUAUUGCACACGACAUUGCAAUUGGUGGAAACUUGAGACUUUUCAUUCAGCUUGCAAUAGGUUUGUCGGUUAUUUCGUGCAUUGGUGGUUUAGUUGACUUUCUCACGCUGGUAUACGUUGGCGUUCUUCUUUGUUUGUCACUGCCCCUAUUGUAUGAAAAGCACCAAAUCCUGAUUGACGAGAAGCUGAAUGCAGCAUAUAAAAUAGCUCAGAUACAAUUCCAGAAAAUUGAAGACAAGUUACUGAACAACAUACCGUUGCAUUCAAACAAGGAGAAGAAGAUCCAAUAGUCUCACUGUAAUCUCUCUAUCCCCUCUCUCUUGCUACUUCUCUCUAGUAGAUAAAUAUUAACCUCACUCUGUUGGAUGUAUGUAUUGGUAAUUUGGUACAAGUGUUCCCUUUGUGCAGAUUUGUAAUCGUACUUGAUAUGAUACUCCAUUACAGUUUAGAAAAUUCGGAGUUCAUAAUUCAAACUAUUCAUUUUAUGGAUAUAGUUUUGUUGAUUUACAGUUUGUGCAUGAAAUAAAUGUCAG